AUGGCCGCAUUUCCUGCCGACAAAGAGGAAGCAGACCCUCCGGCCAAUGAUCCCGAAUCGCCACUGAACCCAUUCAGCAAGAGAUUCAAUGCGCGUGCAUGGGCUACAGGGGUCGCUGAGCUGGUGGCGGAGAGAGGCCAGGACUUCCGUCGCGUUGGUUUGUGCUUUCAGGAUCUUCAUGUCUUUGGCUAUAGCACUUCAACAGACUUUCAGAAGACGGUUGCGAAUAUCUGGCUCGCCUUGCCUGGGAUGAUUGCCCGUCGACUGUGGCCCAGCGCCACUAAAUUAGGGCAGACACGGGUAGACAUCUUACGAGGUUUUGAUGGCAUUCUAAACCCUGGAGAGAUGUGUGUUGUGCUGGGUCCCCCAGGGUCUGGCUGCUCGACCUUCCUCCGAGCCAUCUCCGGGGAUCGCAAUGGCAUUCAUAUCAACCAGGGAUCGUAUUUCAACUACCACGGAAUUUCCGAUCGUGAGAUGCACACAGCUCACCGAGGAGAUGCAAUCUAUACCGCUGAUGUUGAUGUUCAUUUUCCUAUGCUGACGGUGGGGGAUACCCUCACCUUUGCCGCAUCUGCACGCUGUCAAAGGGAGCUCCCGGACGGCGUCACUCGAAAACAAUACUGCGAGCAUCUGCGUGAUGUCGUUAUGGCCAUGUACGGAAUCAGUCACACCAUUCACACCAAGGUUGGGGACGAAUUCGUGCGGGGAGUUUCUGGAGGCGAACGCAAACGUGUGAGCAUUGCCGAGGCUACCCUAGCCAAUGCGCCUUUCCAGUGUUGGGACAAUUCAACACGCGGUCUCGACGCUGCCAACGCCAUCGAGUUCUGCAAAACGCUGCGGCUGCAGUCGGAGCUAUUCGGUCAGACCUGCGCAGUGUCAAUGUAUCAAGCACCGGAAAGCGCAUACGAUCUCUUCGAUAAAGCUCUAGUCCUCUACGAAGGGCGGCAGAUUUACUUUGGCCCCGCUCACCGGGCGAAGCAGUACUUCGUCGAUCUUGGGUUUGAGUGUCCGGCUCGUCAGACCACCCCAGAUUUCCUCACCUCCAUGGCUUUCCCUGCAGAGCGCGUCGUUCGUGCGAAAUGCAACCCACCUCGCACGGCAGACGACUUUGCAGCUGCCUGGAUAAGGAGCGAGGAAUAUAAAGCACUCCAGCAGAGCAUUGAGCUCUACAAAGCCCAGCACCCAAUCGACGGCCCUGACUCUGUCGCCUACAGACAGCUGAAGAGAGCUUGUCAAGCCAAGGGACAGCGUCUCAACUCGCCUUAUCUCCUCAGCUAUUCUCAGCAAGUGAGGCUGUGCAUGUGGCGAGGAUGGAGACGAUUCUGGGCCGACCCUGGUCCCUCUGUAUGGGUUAUGAUCGGCAACGUGAUCAUGGCCCUGAUCAUGUCCUCUCUGUUCUACAACCUCGACCAGACGACGGCCUCGUUCUACGGACGAGCUGUCGUGCUAUUCAUGGCGAUUCUGUUCAAUGCAUUCGCCUCAAUCCUGGAGGUGAUGACUCUCUAUGCCCAGCGGCCGAUUGUCGAGAAGCAAGUCCGCUAUGCUUUCUACCACGCUUCCGCCGAGUCGUAUGCUUCGGUCCUGGUCGACUUACCCAUGAAAAUCACAGGAACAGUCUCGUUCAAUCUCGUGUUCUAUUUCAUGACGAAUCUCAAUCGGACACCCGGCAACUUCUUCUAUUACCUGUUUGUGGUCUUUCUGAUUGUUCUCGCCAUGUCGGGAGUCUUCCGGUUUAUUGGCGCUAUAUCUCGAACAGAACAACAAGCAAUGGUUCCCGCCUCGAUUCUCAUGCUUGCCCUGCUCGUUUUCACCGGCUUCGUGGUUCCAAUUCGCUACAUGCUCUCCUGGUGCCGCUGGAUCAACUACCUCAAUCCGGUCGCUUAUGGGUACGAAUCGCUGAUGGUCAACGAAUAUCACGCGCGCAAUUUCACCUGUGCGUCAUAUAUCCCAGCCUAUACGUCCGCUGGCAGCACGAGUGUGGCCUGUGACGCCGUGGGCGCGGUGCGUGGUCAAGACUACGUGAACGGGGAUGCGUAUAUUGGCUCCGCCUACAGCUACUACCAUAGUCACAAGUGGCGCAACGUCGGUAUCAUCAUCGCCAUGGUGAUCUUCAAUCACCUCGUCUACUUUCUAGCGAGUGAGUAUGUCACGGCCAAGAAGUCCAAAGGGGCAAUUCUUGUCUUCCGUCGCGGAUUUGUCCCACGAUUCCUGCCCUGGGUUAAGUCAGACGUCGAGUCAUUGCCCUCAGGCCCAGUGACAGCCCUACUCGAAAAGCCGAGGGGUGACUACAAGCCCUUCAAGGAGCCGACCUUGCAGGGCACCCGAGGUGUAUUCCACUGGAGCAAUGUGUGCUACGAUAUCAAGAUCAAAGGUAAACCCCGCCGGAUUCUGGAUCGUGUGGAUGGGUGGGUUAAGCCAGGCACUUUGACAGCCCUCAUGGGGGUAUCGGGGGCCGGGAAGACCACGUUACUGGACUGUCUUGCGGGCCGCCGCGCAGGGGUGGGCAUCUUGGCUGGAGAGAUGCUGGUUGAUGGGAAGCUGCGAGACAAGAGCUUCCAGCGCAAGACUGGUUAUGCGCAGCAGCAAGAUUUGCACCUGGAGACGACCACCGUGCGCGAGGCCCUUACAUUCUCAGCUCUUCUUCGCCAACCAGAGAGUGUGCCAGAAGCGGAGAAGCUGGCCUACGUCGAUGAGGUUAUUGAGUUGCUGGACAUGCAGGAUUACGCCGAUGCUGUGGUGGGCGUCCCCGGGGAAGGCCUGAAUGUCGAGCAACGCAAGCGUCUGACGAUUGGCGUUGAACUGGCCGCGAAGCCCCCAUUGCUACUGUUCAUUGACGAGCCUACAUCCGGGCUGGACUCUCAAACCAGCUGGGCGAUUCUCGACCUCCUCACCAAACUGUCCAAGGCGGGUCAAUCAAUCAUCUGUACCAUCCACCAGCCCUCAGCCAUGUUAUUUGAACGUUUUGAUCGUCUGUUACUCCUUGCUGAAGGGGGUAAGACGGUGUAUUUUGGUGACAUUGGAGCCAACUCUGAAAUCCUGGUGGAUUACUUCCAAAAAAACGGUGUGAAGCCGUGUCCUCCGAAUGCCAAUCCAGGCGAAUGGAUGCUGGAAGCGAUUGGCGCUACCCCUGGCAGCAAAUCAGAGGUCGAUUGGCACGGAAUCUGGCGCUCCAGCCCCGAAUACCGCGAUGUUCAGAUCGAACUGGCGAGGCUUCGAUCCAUCACUACAUCUGAUACCCUGAACACCAGCAGUGAUGACCUGGCCUCUUAUAAUGAGUUUGCGGUUUCAACAUGGCGCCAGUUUGUUCUAUUAUCCCAGCGUACCUUCAAACAGACCUGGCGCACUCCGUCCUACAUCUACUCCAAGCUUUUACUCUGCACUGCCACAAGCUUGUUCAUCGGCCUCGUUUUUCUCAACUCGCCACUCAGCAUCCAAGGCCUGCAAAACCAGAUGUUCGCCAUCUUCGAGCUGAUGAGCAUCGUCGGGCAACUGGUAGACCAACAAUUCCCACACUUCGUCGCACAGCGCUCGCUGUACGAAGCUCGCGAGCGACCAGCCAAGACCUACAGCUGGCAAGUGUUCAUGCUGAGCCAGAUCCUAUGCGAGAUCCCCUGGUACACCCUUGCUUCGGUGUUCAUGUGGGCACUGUUCUACUUCCCCGUGGGGUUCUACCGCUACGCCGACGCCGCCGGCCAGGGCACGGAGAGAGGCGCGCUCAUGUGGCUCCUCUUCUGGGUGUUCCUGCUGUGGGUGUCGACCUUUGCGCACCUGUGCGUCUCCUUCGCGGGCUCCGCCGAUGAUGGGGGCAAUAUCGCCAAUUUCAUGUUCGUCCUGGCCUUCUUCUUUUGCGGGGUGCUGGCGUCGCCGGACCAGAUGCCCCGGUUCUGGAUCUUCCUCUACCGCGCCUCGCCUCUGUCGUACUAUGUUUCCGCCGUCUUGUCGACCGGUCUCGCGAAUGGCAACGUGACGUGCGCGGGCAAUGAGUUCACCGUGUUGGACCCGCCGUCUGGCCAGACGUGUGGCGCGUAUCUGGCCGAGUAUCUCUCCACGGCCGGCGGGUAUCUGCUGGACGCGAAUGCCGCGAGCGACUGCCACUACUGCAAGGUGAAGGAGACGAACACAUAUCUGGCCGCGAUCCAUUCGGAGUACAGCACGCGCUGGCGCAACUUCGGCAUCAUGUGGGCGUAUGUCGCCUUCAACGUGGUGGGUGCGUUGGUUCUGUACUGGCUGGCCCGAGUGCCUAAGCGGGAGAAGGAGCAGAAGCAGAAACAGUAG